AUGGCCAAGACCGUGGCCUAUUUCUACAACCCGGAUGUGGGCAACUUCCACUACAGAGCUGGGCACCCUAUGAAGCCCCAUCGCCUGGCAUUGACUCAUAGCCUUGUACUGCACUAUGGUCUCUAUAAGAGGAUGAUUGUCUUCAAGCCAUACCAGGCCUCCCAUCAUGACAUGUGCUGCUUCCACUCUGAGGACUACAUCGAUUUCCUGCAGAGAGUCAACCCCACCAAUAUGCAGGGCUUCACCAAGAGCCUUAAUGCCUUCAACGUGGGCGAUGACUGCCCAGUGUUUCCCAGGCUCUUUGAGGUCUGCUCCCGUUACACAGGUGCAUCUCUCCAAGGAGCAACCCAGCUGAACAACAAGAUCUGUGAUAUUGCCAAUAACUGGGCUGGUGGUCUGCACCAUGCUAAGAAGUUUGAGGCCUCUGGGUUUUGCUAUGUCAAUGACAUUGUAAUCGGCAUCCUGGAGCUGCUCAAGUACCACCCUCGUGUGCUCUAUAUUGAUAUCAACAUCCACCAUGGAGAUGGGGUUCAGGAAGCCUUCUACCUCACUGAUAGGGUCAUGACAGUGUCUUUCCACAAAUAUGGAAAUUAUUUCUUCCAUGGUACAGGUGACAUAUAUGAAGUUGGAGCAGAAAGUGGCCGCUACUACUGUCUCAAUGUGCCCUUGCGGGAUGGCAUUGAUGACCAGAGUUACAAGCACCUUUUCCAGCCGGUCAUCAACCUGCAUGGGGAAUGCAUUGAAUAUGUCAAGGGCUUCAAUAUCCCUCUACUGGUGCUGGGUGGUGGUGGCUAUACUGUCCGAAAUGUUGCCCGCUGCUGGACAUAUGAGACAUCGCUGCUGGUAGAAGAGGUCAUUAGUGAGGGGCUUCCCUAUAGUGAAUACUUCGAGUACUUUGCCCCUGACUUCACACUCCAUCCAGACGUCAGCACUCGCAUUGAGAAUCAGAACUCACGCCAGUAUCUGGACCAGAUCUGCCAGACAAUCUUUGAAAACCUGAAGAUGCUGAACCAUGCACCUAGUGUCCAGAUUCACGAUGUGCCUGCCGAUCUCCUGACAUGUGACAGGACUGAUGAGGCCGAUGCAGAGGAGAGGGGCCCUGAGGAGAACUACAGCAGGUCUGGGCAGGGACUUGAGAGGGACCACCCAGCAGGAUGCCGUGGUCCUGACGUGUUCUACAGUUAUCCUGAGAACUCUGAGCCAGAGGACGGGGAGAGAGCGGGGACCAUCCUGCCUCAGCCAUCAGGGAACUGCCCAUCACGACCAUGUGAGGUCCACUUAAACCUGCUGGACGGCUGCAAUGUGAACGAUGGUUUUCCGACUGGCGACUUCAGCGGAGCAGUGCACUCCCAGGAGCACGUGGGCCCCGGCUCGCGGCCUCGCCAGCGCCUCCGCGCGGCGCGCGGGGCGAACGCUAGCCCUCGCUCCAAGCCUCGGGCUCGGGCCGGGCCUACCGCGGGGCCGCAGCGCGCUUGGCGGGAGGCUCGGCCCCGGCCCCGGGCCCCCCUGGCUCCGGCCUCCCGGGGUCCGCGACCUCUCCUGCCGCCCGCGGCCCGUGGGCCCCGCCCCCGCCCGCCACGCGCGUCCGGCGCACGGUUCACGGAAGCCCUGGCCAGGCCGGCGUUCAGGAGCGGCCUCCGCCUCCGCCCGCCCGCGGGAGGACCCGGAGCGGCCGGCGUCGCCCCGCCCGCCCAGAACGGGUCCCGCGCCGGCAGCAGCCCGCGCCCCGGGCUCGGCUCGCGUCCAGAGCGUCCGGCUCUAACGCGUUCCGCACCCAGGCCCGGCUGCCGCGUGGCGCGCUUCCUCGCACUCGGCGACCCGGUCGCGAGCAAAGGCCCUCCCGACUGCGACCUGUCGCACCCCCGCCCCCCACCACGCCCCCGCUCGGCCUCCAGCUGCCCUUCUGGUCCGAGCCGCGGGUGCGUCGGCGUGGCUCCCCGGGGUGUGGCCAGAAGCUCGGCGACGCCUUCCCGGGGGGCGGCCCGCGCGGCGCGCGGCGUGCUCACUGGCAGGGCCGGGCGGCUGCGAGCCGAGGCGCCGGCGCGGGGCGGCCCCUGCGCUGCCAGCUGGAGCCGGGCGGAGCCCGCGGCCCGCGCAGGGAGGCGCCGCCAGCGGCCGGACGCGGAGGGGCGUUCGCCACCGGGGCCGCGGAGAGCGUCGGCGCGGCCGGUCCCCGCCUUCCCGGGUCGAGCGUCCCCGCGCCCGGUCCCCCUGGGCGCCGUGGCGUUGCCCCGGAGCCCGCCGCCCGCGGGGCGCGCACCGCCUUGA